AUGGUCCAUCUUGAGAGAAAGGCUAUGAAUGGUGAAGAUGAACGAUACAGACAACCAAGGAACAGAGCCUCUAUUUCAAAGUGGCUAAGGCAGUCUAUCAAUCUGUAUGAUAAUUUUGAAGAUUCUAUGGAAGGCUUAAGAUCUCUUUUCAACACUCAAAAGGAACCCGUUGACAGUAAGAUGUUAGGGUUCCAAGACAAAACUGUUGAGCAGAAGUCAAAGAUAGCUAAAGUUUCGAGAUCCAAGCGGCUUUCUUGUUUAAGAAAUGGAACCUCCAUUUCACGGUCAUCAUCUCCACCGGCUCAGACAUUCAUUCAAGUUAAAGAGGAAGCUAAAACAUAA